AUGGUGAGUUUCCCUUGCAUUGUUCUUCUUUAUCAUCGGCUUCUUUAUCUUUGGCUCAACUGGCUGAGGAUGUACGAAAACUUGAUUGGCCUUCUAACCCGAGACCAUGGAGGUUCAGAAUGUAUUGUUGUUGCGAUGGCUUGGCUCUUAUCAAGUUACGCAAUUAUCCUCGGUACGCGAGCCAUACUUUUGCUAUGGAACCCCUCCACAAGAGAAUCAAUAGUACUUCCUCGCACGGAGUUUUCACUGACAAAAGAUUAUUCUUGUGGACUGGGAUAUGACUCAACUAGUGAUGACUAUAAGAUCCUUAAGAUUGACGACGCAGCACAUUGUGAAAUUCUCGCUCUGAAAAGUGGUUCCUGGAGGAAAAUUGAUAAACGUCCUUCUGGUGUUUUCUCUGUGUUGUCUGAUACGGAGGAUUCUCUGGCAUUUGUACAAGGCGCGUUUCAUUGGCUUGAUGCGUUACUGGAAAAUCCGUUGAUUUCAUUUAGUAUUUCAAAUGAGGUGUACGGAGAGAUACCAUUGCCAGAAGGAAUGUCCUUGGUUUUCAACAUGGAUUGCAUAAAUGGUGUUUCGGCAUUGGGAGGAAUGCUUUGUGUAUAUUCGACUCAUAUUAUCGCGAGAUCCACACAUUCAAGUUAA